CCUUUGUUAGACGGUGGCUUGAAGAGUUUGAGGUUUAGCUAAAUAUUUCCGUGUAUUCAGUGAAAAUGUCUUCAGUUCCGCCUCAGAGAGAGUUUAUCAACGAGCAGGUAACUCCUGCUGGAGAAACAUUCACAGAGUGGAAAGAAAUCAACGUAAAAAUGGAGGAAGAGAUGGAGGAUCAGCGCAGACUGAUGGAUUUCAGCCGGAUACCGAAGAUCAUCUUACACCGAAUAGAGUGGAAAGAAAUCAACGUUAAGAUGGAGGAAGAGAUGGAGGAUCAGCGCAGACUGAUGGAUUUUACCCGGAUACCGAGGAUAAACGUACACAGAAUAUCGCUCCCACAACGGUGGGCGUGUAAAGAGGAGGAGGUUCUCAAUGAGCUCAGCAACCAGGAGGAAAACUCCACUUUAAAUCAAGAAGAACCAGAACAUCUGCAGAUGAAACAGGAGGAAGAGGAACCAGAACCUCUGCAGAUGAAACAGGAGCAAGGGGAACCAGAACCUCUGCAGAUGAAACAGGAGGAAGAGGAACCAGAACCUCUGCAGAUGAAACAGGAGGAAGGGGAACCAGAACCUCUGCAGAUGAAACAGGAGGAAGAGGAACCAGAACCUCUGCAGAUGAAACAGGAGGAAGAGGAACCAGAACCUCUGCAGAUGAAACAGGAGCAAGAGGAACUAGAACAUCAACAGUUCAAAGAGGAAGAGAAGCAACUCUGCAUCAGUCAGGAUGAAGAGCAGCUUGUGCUGAAACGGGAGACUGAGACUUCAAAACAGAAAACACACAAGAAAGCUCAGCCAAACCAAAAACUAUAUUCUAGUAAAAUUUGUGACAAAACCUUUUCUCAAAACAAUUCCUUCAUGACGCACAUGACAACUCACAUGGCUAAGAAACUUUUCAUAUGUUUAACCUGUGGGAAAAGAUACCGUUACAAGAGUCGUUUAACUAAUCACAUGAGAAUUCAUACAGGUGAAAAACCGUUCACAUGUGCUGCUUGUGGAAAAAGUUUCCAUCUAAAUGGCACUUUAAACAGACACAUGAGAAUUCACUCGGGUGAGAAGCCUUACACGUGCACAACCUGUGGAAAAAGUUUUGCGUCUAAAUGUCAGUUACUUGAUCACAUGACGAUUCAUACAGGUGAGAAGCCUUUCUCAUGUGGGACCUGUGGAAAAAGUUUCCGGAGGAAACCUGACUUGGUUAGUCACAUCAGAGUUCACACAGGUGAAAAGCCGUUCUCAUGUGGGACCUGUGGAAAAAGUUUCACUCAUAAAAACAGUUUAACUGUUCACAUGAGAGUUCACAUGGGUGAGAAAACUUUCUCUUGUAGCACCGGUCGAAGAAAUUGCUUGAAUAAACCUGACUUAGUUAAUCACAUGAGAACUCACACAGGUGAAAAGCUGUUCUCAUGUGAGACCUGUGGAAAAAGUUUUGCUGGAAAACACCGUUUAACUUCUCACAUGAAGUCUCAUACGGGCAAAAAUUCUUUCUCAUGUGGGACAUGUGGAAGAAGUUUCACUCGUAAAACAAUUUUAACUGCUCACAUGAGAACUCACAUGGGUGAGAAGCCUUUCUCUUGUGGCACAUGUGGAAGACGUUUCUCUCGUAACAUACAUUUAACUGCUCACAUGAGAACUCACACAGGUGAGAAGCCUUUUCCAUGUGGGAAUUGUGGAAAAGCCUUUACAUGUCGAUCUGGUUUACGUCAGCACAUGAUGACUCACACAAGUGAGAAGCUUUUCUCAUGUGGGAUCUGUGCAAAAAGUUUUGCUCAAAAAUACCAUUUAGCUUCUCACAUGAGAAUUCACACAUGCAAGAAGUCUUUCUCGUGUGGGACCUGUAAAAGAAGUUUCUCUCAUAAAAAAAAUCUUACUGCUCACAUGAAAAUUCACACAGACGAGAAGUAGGGAUGCACUGAUUUAUCAGUGUCACUUUUCUUAAUUUUUGGAGAUCUGUGAUCAGCCGAUAAUCACAGACUGUCCUCUUCUGCUCUCCCGUGAGAGGUUUGACUAUUAGUCAAAAGUUAUGUCUGCACAUUCGUAAUUCACAAUAGUCACUCUACUGUUGUCAGCUCAGCAAGUUUCUUGCUACAUUUACUGACAUUUCAGACAAAAAAAUUGGUGUUGCCCAAAAUUCAAAAUGGUAUAUCAGGUUUUUUUAAAGACUGGUCGUCGGUGAUCGGCAAGAAAACUGCAGUCGAUGCAUCGCAGAAAAAAGAAAUUUAAUCGUUCACGUGAGAACUCAGUUUGAUGGCAUCAUGUGAACCUCAAGUGCCAAAAUUCUUAGUAAUUUGCUGUUUGGAAACAGAGUAAUUAAAACUGUAUUGCAUAUUUAAUUGUAGCAGCUUUGUUUAAAACGCAUUUCAAAUGGGAGAUUUAGUUAAAACACUUCAACAUUCACUUUAUUCUAGCAGUUUUAUGUUAGCAUUAUUUUUUUUUUAAAGAGGAUAAGUGAGAUAUUUGUAGCUUCUUAAAGGAGCAACGGAUUUAAUGCUUUCAGAUUUAGACUUGGAACAUUUUGGAGUCUUUAUUUUGUGUUUAUCCUUUGUUCUUAUUUGGUUUAUUUUAAUGAUUGGAUGAAAUAGAUAUGUUACCUGUUACUGCAUGUGCUUGUAGGGUCACAAAUUAAUGGCCCUUUGAGAGUAAUAAUGUUUUCUAAACUUGAAUCUAAAUAUCAUCCACCAUUUAUUCUUCUAAAUGGUUCUGAUUGAGGAAGGAAAUUGUGCUAAAUAAUGAUGAAAUCUGACAUGUUUUCCCUCUUUGUUUAAAAAUCUGCAUAUUCUUCUUAGUUGCUGUGAAUUGUAGUUUUUACCCAAGUCUUGUUUUGUCAGUUUUUCUUUGAUAUGAUUUUUAUGCUUUGGAUAAUAGAAAAGGUAUUGAUGAUCUGGAUUGAAUUUCAGAUAUAAUAAAGUUUAUUUACCACAA